AUGAUGUACGAUGUCAUGACCCAGACUCUCGAGCCCCGCCCGAUUGGCAAGGUAUAUGGAAUCGUCAACAUGUAUCGGGAUGGCCGCAACGCCGACAACGUCGAUCACCUUGAGCAGGGGCUCGCUCGACUCGAGAAUGACGCUGCACGAACCAUUCGAAACAUCCAUUCUGCGAUAGAGGCGCGUCAGCAGGAGAUACGCAUGAAGAGAAGGGAGUUGGAAGCAAUUCGGAAGUUCACAUACCUCAUGCACUACCGCCGGACUUCCCUCGUCAGCAGCUAUUUUGACGAGAAUGAUCCAGACAAUAAGCCGAUAAGGGAUUAUUUGAAGAAUCUCCGUCGGAAACAUAAUCUUCACAAGAAAGAUGACGUCUGGCUGUUCGGUUUGAAGUACGUAUUGGAUACCCCUCACCACAAAAUUAUCGGGACAGGGGAAACUAUCCAGGAGAGAUAUGGCGGACCAACGGGCAUGCUUGAAAUGCUGAAGACAAGGGUCGACCCUGAUAUCGAAAACUUUCAGGCCGUGGACUAUACAGCGAUGGCAGACGCAAAUUUUCUUGGGAUUUGGGAAGCUGCAGAAGACGAAGAAUUUGUCGUUGGUUCAAACUCUUUCGGACUGUGGGAAGGGGCUGUUGACGCCCUUUCUGGGUUACACCGACUCUUCGUAGUCAGCCCCAAGAUUGCGCUCGUCCUGAGACAGAACAUAGUGCGAGAGCCGGAAAUGGUCAACCAUAUCAAGACCCAAGCCCAUACAAACAGCAUCUUAAUUGACAUUCCCAUGAGCGUAGCAACUUCGACCUAUGCAAAUUAUCAGCGUCCUCCGUGGAGGGACAGUCCUGGUUACCUGGAAGAAGCAGCUCGAGCACUAUCGAAAUACCGUCUGACGCCGGACGCACAGGAAGAUGUUUUCACGUUUCAACCCACGAGACUCACCCGGGAACAGACCUACGCUGUCAACCAAAUUAUCCUUAUCCAUCUCCCGAAUGACGGCAAUGUGACAUUUGCUUCGCCAAACGCAAUGAGGAAGACCCUCGAGCACCAUCUCCAGUCAAACAGGAUCCCCUAUGCAGGGGAGAGCAAAUACUUGCUCCGGAAUUUGUUGGGGCUCCUCUCGGAAAGCGUUGUGCCAAAGGGUCCAAAUCCUUCGACGUCAUCCGCCCUACUCCCUAGAUCUGGGGUCGACAUAGUAUUGCCAAUGGAACCAUUGAGUUCCAUUCAGACUAUGACAGGGCUUACAGGGCUUACCAUCUUGCUACCGACGACGUAA